AGGAAUCAUUACUGAAUUUUUGAAAACAUGUUUUGAAAUAAUUUUAUAAUGAUGUGCUCUGGCUAUGUGAUUGCAAAUAGGAAAUUUUGACGAGAUGAAUAACUCUACAGUGAACUUCACCUCAUCUGAAACAUCAAACUCCACAACUCAGUCCACUGGCCUUGUGGACAAUCUGAAACUUUGUGUGUUCAGCAUCAAUCUGUUGUUUGGUCUUCCUACACACUCCUAUGUUAUAUGGCUUAUAAUUAGAGGAACAGGAAGUGGAGUUGCAUCAGAGUUCUUCAACCUCAAUCUCUCUGUCUGUGAGAUUGUUUACUCUCUGAAUUGUGUGUUUUAUAUUGUGUCAAUUUGCUUGCCAGGUAUCACUGUAUUACCACUGUUUUUAGUAGGACUAGCCUUCACUGGCCGUCCUCUGUUUCAGUGUCUGAUCUGUGUUGAGCGUUACCUGGCAGUGGUUCAUCCUGUAACCUUUCUGAAGUACAAACCUCUCAGAUAUAGAGUGAUCUGCAGCACUGCUGCAUGGUCAGUCACUCUUGGCUCCUGCUUUUUGUGCUUAUAUAGGAGUCAAAUACACACACAGUUCUUAUCGGUGAAUUUCUUGCUGGCUCUCUCCAUCCAGUUGUUUUGUCUUGUGGCUGUUCUUAGAGCUCUGAAGCAGUCAGGACCAGGAGAGAGAGGGAGAAAGAGAGAGGAGGAAAACCACAUGAAGAGAAGAGCAUUUCUAAUUAUUCUAAUAAAUACUGUGACCAUGACUAUCAUAUAUGUACCAUUUGCUAUCGCAGGAUUAGUUACCAUUCUAACAAACCAGAAUAUUUAUGCAAUUUGGAUCACUGGUAUGAUUUGUUAUGUUCUGGCUGGUUUUGUUCAUCCUGUUCUUUAUCUGCAUCGUGCUGGGAAACUCUCCUGCCUUCGAGCCUUUUACAUGGUGAUAUUUUAAUAAAUUAAUAAUUAAUAUAUUAUUAUUUUGUAUUUCAAUUCCUGUGUAAAUACAGUAGUCUGUGUAAACGUACCUCUGAUAAAAGUGUAAAAUUGGCUCUGUUAGUACUGUCUCUCAUUCACUUUACAUUAGGCCUGUUUGUUUGUUUUUUUUGUUUUUUUUCUGUGUUCAUCAUUCUCAUAUGUUUGCAUGGCUAUUCACAGAAUUUAAAAUGCAUUGUAGCCUUAUGUAGGCUACAAACGUGUACAAAUCAUUUGAGCAUGUUAUUAGGAAAUAUUACACUGAUUUACUUGUAAGUAAUCAGAUAUAUAAUUAAAUAUGCCACCACAUUUCACUCUGCUCUGAUGAUUUCUGUGCUGUAUUCAUAGUCUCGGAAAUAUUCCAUGCCUUUAAAAUGGUAAAUUGACUAAAAAUUGUGUCAUCACUUGCUCAUUAUUAAUAAUUAAACGUUAAUUUUGUUAUCUGUGUGGCAACUGUGGCUUAACAUGACAAAUAUUAGGUCUACGCAUUCAAAAAUUGCCACCUCAAGCUUUAUGACCAUAUGUAUCUAUACAUAUCUAUAAUGACAGUUUAAUGUCUUUGAUGUCAGAUGUCAUUGGCUUUGGCAUGUUUUGUGACCAAAUGCAACAUUUUGAUACAGUAAUAUCUUAACCGAAACAGCUCAGAAUGACAAUUAAAUCCUUAUUAUUAUCAUUAAUUUAACAAGAUGCUUACACGCAAUGCCGUGAUAUCCUAAUUACCUGAGGGCAUAAACAGCUAAAGAACCCCUUCUUCUGUUCUUAAAGGAAAUAUAAAUAAGCCAUCUUUUUUUUUUUUUUUUUUUGCACAUCACGUGUUUAAUGAGUGGCACCUGCUCUAGCCUGAAAAGAUUGUUUAGAAAGACUGGAUAUUCACUGUUCAAGUGA